AUGCGACAGUCAUUGGAUGGAUUCUACAGGUUUUGGGGAGGGGUCGGUGAUUACCACUCACUUCUGAAAGAUAUUCGGGCCAUGGUUAAUGAUGGAAUGGUGCUUCAAGCGAAGCAUGUGUUUACAGAGACCAAUGGGGCCGUGGAUUGGGUGACGUCCUUUGUUGCAAACCACUAUGGGGAUCACCUCUGGGUGGGAGAGGCGGAGUUGCCCAGUGCUCUCCGUGAUAUUGCAUCCUCGGAGGAUGGGUCGAUGCCUGAAGCUGGGCGUGGGGUUAUAGAGAACAAAGCUCUGUGCGUUGCAAUUCUGGAGUCCAUAAUAGGAGAGCAUGGGGUCUCCCCUGCAGCAGAGAGGAGUUUGGCGGUGCGACUGUCGGAGCGCUUGAAGGAAUCCCAGGAUGGAGAGGAGAAGGUGGGGAAUCCGGUGCCUGUGAGAGCAUGA